UUCUGAGACUUGCUUAGAAAUCCAAGUGCAGGAGAGCGGCCACGCCCCCAGAGAACCGGCCAAUCACCGCUCGCCGCCCCGCCUCUCCCCCGCAGAGCGGCAGGAACCUCCGGGGCUCCGCUCCCUGGACCGUACAGUCCAGGACCCGGGUGCAUUCGAAAUGGUGCGUGGCAGGAUCUCCCGGCUCUCGGUGCAUGAUGUGCGCUUUCCCACGUCGCUAGGAGGCCACGGCUCGGACGCCAUGCACACAGACCCCGACUACUCAGCUGCCUAUGUUGUCAUAGAGACCGAUGCAGAAGAUGGGCUCAAGGGCUGUGGCAUUACCUUCACUCUGGGCAAGGGCACUGAAGUUGUUGUCUGUGCUGUGAAUGCCCUUGCCCAUCAUGUGCUUCACAAGGAUCUCAGGGACAUUGUUGGGGACUUCAGAGCCUUCUACAGACAGCUCACAAGUGAUGGGCAGCUCAGAUGGCUUGGUCCAGAGAAAGGAGUAGUGCAUCUGGCCACGGCAGCCAUUCUGAAUGCUGUGUGGGACCUGUGGGCAAAGCAGGAAGGAAAGCCCUUAUGGAAGCUACUUGUGGACAUGGAUCCAAAGGUGCUGUUGUCCUGCAUUGAUUUCAGGUACAUCACUGAUGUCUUGACAGAAGAGGAUGCCUAUGAAAUACUGCAAAAAGGUCAGCUUGGUAAAAAAGAAAGAGAGGAACAAAUGCUGAGACAUGGCUACCCUGCGUACACCACAUCAUGUGCCUGGCUGGGGUAUGCAGACAGCAUACUGGAGCAGCGCUGCGCAGAAGCACUGAAAGAUGGCUGGACCAGGUUUAAAGUAAAAGUUGGGGCUGAUCUCCAGGAUGACAUACGAAGAUGCCGCCUCAUCAGGGACAUGAUCGGACCAGAGAAGACUUUGAUGAUGGAUGCCAACCAGUGUUGGGAUGUGCCUGAGGCAGUGGAGUGGAUGUCAAAACUGGCCAAGUUCAAGCCCUUGUGGAUUGAGGAACCCACAUCUCCUGAUGACAUUCUGGGCCAUGCAGCUAUUUCUAAGGCCCUGGCCCCAUUAGGAAUUGGCGUUGCCACAGGAGAACAGUGCCACAAUCGAGUGAUAUUUAAGCAACUCCUACAGGCUAAUGCCUUGCAGUUUCUCCAGAUUGACAGCUGUAGACUGGGGAGUGUCAAUGAAAACCUCUCAGUAUUACUGAUGGCCAAAAAGUUUGGAAUUCCUGUUUGCCCCCAUGCCGGUGGAGUUGGACUCUGUGAACUGGUACAGCACCUGAUUAUAUUUGACUAUAUAUCAGUCUCUGCCAGCCUUCAAAACAGGAUGUGUGAAUAUGUGGGCCACCUGCACGAACAUUUCAAGUACCCUGUGGAAAUCAAACAUGCUUCAUAUCUGCCUCCCAAGGAUGCAGGCUACUCAACAGAAAUGAAGGAGGAAUCUGUAAAAAAACACCAAUACCCAAAUGGAGAAGUCUGGAAGAAACUCCUUAUUGCUCAAGAUUUGUGUGUUCGGCCCUAACACUUUUAUUUUUCCUGAAGUGGAGAUGCUUAAAAUUCUGGAGUUUUAUAAAAGUAGAAGAAAAAUCAAGUCUAGCUGUAAGUCACAUCCACCUCAGGAAUCAUCUGUCAUCAUGGUUGAUGGUCAACAAGUCAACAUUCUACUUAAUUCUAAGGCAAAUUUACCUAACCCAAAGCCCGGGAUGUUCUUUAAAAAUCUCUGUCAAGUGCUAUACAUUGAAAAAUAUGCAACAUGUUUCAUAAUUUGUUAUUAUAAUUCCUUAUCCUAACAUUUGUCAUAGUUCAGAAUAAAACUGGUUCUGCAGCACUGUGAGGGAUCUGGUAAAGCUACAAAAAUGAUUCACUAAUUUGUCCUGAAAUGGUUUAGCAUCCCUUCUGCUAUCAGUCUAAGCAUUUUAGAGUCUUUUAACACUGCACUGAAAUUAAUGGGGACAAAUGUUAUUUCUUCACACCUUCAGAACUCUUGCAAAACUGUCUUAGCCAGGCAUGGGAGCUCCCACGAACAACCCCAGCAUUCAGGAAGCAGAAGCUAGUUUUACUGUAAGUUUGAGGCUAGCUAAAGGUACCUACUGAGCUCUAGGCCAGGUAGGGCUAAAGUGUGAGACAUGUCCCCUAUACUAGCCAC